CUCGCCUGUGUAAUAUGAAGUCCAGAGGAGUGAAAUUUGCUUUAGUUUUCGCCAUCUUGUGGGCACAAGCUUUUGCUGAAGACAAUUAUUCACAAAAAGAUGACGUUUAUGCUCUACAGAGCGCUGUAGGCCACAUACUUCAACGUCUUAACGACAGAGACAUCCAUAUUAACACCCUUGAAGAUGACGUCAAACAUCUAACAGCGCUUCUUGCCGACCAAGUCGAAACCAUCCGUGAACAAAACUCCCAGAUUCGUGAACAAAACUCUCGGAUUCAACACCUCGAGGAAAUAAUUCGCAGUACGAGCAACGAGAAUCAUGAUACCAGUGAAGACACAUCUGGACAGGAGCACGCACAAUCGUCUACAUCUAGUAAAUCCGCUUCUGUCCGCACGGCACCGUAUGAGAACGAUGCUCAAAGGAUUCGGCGUGAGUAUAUCGGGGCACCCGUAGCUUUUCUAGCAAUAUUGACGAAUCAUAUCACGCACGCUGGCGCACAUCAACCAAUCGCCUUCGACCGAGUUGUAACGAACGUAGGCGGGGCUUACAACGCACAUCUCGGAUCGUUCGUCGCUCCUAUCUCGGGUAUCUACGUGUUUUCUACCACUUUACUAAGCUACCCCGGUCAUACGACAGGCUUCGGAUUUGUAAAGAACAACGAUUUAGUCAGUCGUCUGUAUCUGAAGACAUCGGCAGGUCAGUACGAAACAGUGGCCCAGACAAUCGUGCUGCAGCUCGCUAAGGGUGACGACAUCACGGUCAGAAAUGAGAGCCCAGACGAAACAAUACAUGGCAGCGACUAUAGUACCUUCGCCGGAUUUCUCAUCUGGGAGACCGAAAACAUCCCUGCCGUUGUGGGAUAAUGAUUGCUUUAUCAACUAUCCGAAUAAAAAGCUCGAAUACAUAA